CACCAACUUUGUAACUUUGGCAGUUCCUAAACUCUAUAUAUCAGUGUGCUACAUAAUUUGGCCUUUCUUUCUUCUUCUAAAACCAAUAACAAAUUACUUGUUACGAAAAAGAAAUAUUGAAGCAAAUUGGCUUGAACAUGUUUGACUAAUCAUAGAUAUUCUUUGAUCAAUGAAAGUUCAUGCACUUUGUUAUUCAUCUGCCGUGCGGGUGUUCGUUUUUAUUUUUGCCACUUUUUUCUUUUAUUUGUGCAGAUAAUUUUAGGUAUGGUAACGUGAAAAGAUGGUUUUCUUACACCAUGAAGCCAGCAAACAGUAAUCUGUUUAAUGGAGAUGCUUACUGAGGCCCUAAAUCAAAACUGGAAAUCCGUGUUCGUGGCAUGGUGGAAGGCUGCAAAAAAGAGUUCAUAUACUAUCGUGGAAUGCAACUUGAGGGAAAAGAACGGACUGUGCAUGCAAAGAUAUAGUAUAGCACAACUUGUGCAGUGCAAGAUAUUCAAAGGACGACUCCACCCACUCAAAGCAACGGAAACAAUAGAAGAAGUCGAGAGCUCUGGGACACCAGAUGAUCAACCAUGGAGAUUCUGUAAGGGGAUGUUGUUUGUAACGGAUGAACCUCAAACCUUUUAGCAUAAAACUCCUUUGACUAAGAACCAUCAUGUAAGUUUUUAGCUGUUAGCGUUGCUUGUCCUACCCUGUGCAUCACAACAUACAGUGGAUAUAUCCUUACGAAGGUCUUAUAUUAAAAGGUAUGCUGCAGAAUGGCAACAAUAAUGCUAUUCUUAGAAAGCAA